UGUCCUGUCUCACUUCGUCCGUGGUCUUUCCACACCUUCCACACACACACCUCACCUACACUGCCACGGAAAAGGACCGCGGUUGGAUCUAGGAGGGUUUCUGCGACCGUAUCGAGCUAUCUGGCCGAGCUCUUAAAAAAGCAGACUUCUCUGCUAUCGGAGGAAACAGACAGCGGGCAGCUGGAUCCAAACAAACAAAUAAACCCGCCGCAUCUGGAGUCGGCGCAACGUCAAGUCAACAGCAGUCAUCAUGAUGUUGGCGUCGUCUACCCGACUGCUUGGCCAUGGGGCUAGCAGGCGGUGGCAACUCGCGCGGGAACUCUCGACGAUCAAGCAGGUGGGCGUUGUCGGGCUUGGGCUUAUGGGCCACGGUGUCGUCCAGGUGACCGCGAUGGCCUCGUCCCCGGAGUACACGGUCGUCGCCGUCGACGGGAGCAAGGACUCCAUUGACGCUGGGAAGAAGCGGAUCGACCAGUCGCUCUCGAAGAUGCUGGACCGGAAGGUGAAGAAGGGCGUUCUUACGGAGGGAGACGCCGCCGCUCAGAAGGAGGGGAUCUCGUCGCGGAUAUCGUACGCUUCUGACGUGUCGGCCCUGGCGGAUUGCGACUUGGUCGUGGAGGCGAUCACGGAGAACCCGGAGAUCAAGUUCUCCCUCUUCAAGGACCUCGCGCGAGUCACUCGUCCGGACUGCAUCCUGGCCUCCAACACGUCUUCGUUGAGCAUCAAGGAAAUGGCCGUAGCUUCGGGGCGCCCGUCGCACGUCGUCGGCCUUCACUUCUUUAACCCCGUGCAACUGAUGAAGCUGGUGGAGGUGGUCCGUUGCGAUGUGACUGACCCGGUCGUGUUUGAGGAAUGCAAGUCUUGGGCACAGACCGUCGGCAAGCACCCGGUGUCGUGCGUGGACACGCCUGGCUUUAUCGUGAACAGGCUGCUCGUGCCCGGCCUUGCCCAAGGAAUGCUCAUGUACGACCGGGGUGACGGGUCAGUGGAGGACAUCGACAAGUCCAUGGAACUUGGGGCUGGACAUCCCAUGGGACCACUCACAUUGGCGGACUACGUGGGUCUCGACAUCUGCCUCUCGAUCUUGGAUGGAUGGGUGCAAAAAUACCCGGAUGAACCUUCGUUCGUCGUGCCGGAAUGCUUGCGGGAAAAGGUGGCGGCCGGCAAGCUCGGACGGAAGAGCGGCGAGGGCUUCUAUCUGUGGGACGGCGACAAGCGGACAACCGUGGCGCCUUGAUACCCGAGUAGCGCUUUCAAGGCACAAUAAAAAAAAAACAAUUUGAAUAUUGUC